GAAAAGCAUCUUCCUCUGACUGCGUGACGUGUUUUGUUCAGAUUGGAAUUCUUGGACUUCGUGUCAUGUUUGGAAGAGGUUGGGUUAUAAAUGGGGUCACGGCCCAAUAUGGAGUUUGGUCUAUUAAAUUUCCAAUGGAUAAAUUGGAAUUUGAGCCCUCUCUAUCUAUAUAUCGCCAUUUUUGUU